GGUUUUGGGUUUUCUGACAUCUCUGCAUGACCUAGAUAUUUUCACGCGUUGUUACACAUGAAAGAACCAUGGAGUUUCAGGGUCUGAUGGCAGAUAAUACUCCAAGCCGUCACGAAAAAAGCCUUGGACUGCUGACUACCAAAUUUGUUUCUUUGCUACAAGAAGCAAAAGAUGGAGUGCUUGAUCUCAAAGUUGCAGCGGACCAAUUAGCAGUCAGACAAAAAAGAAGAAUUUAUGACAUAACAAAUGUGUUAGAGGGAAUUGGUCUGAUUGAAAAGAAAUCUAAAAAUAGCAUUCAGUGGAAAGGAGCAUGUCCAGGGUACCCUACAGAUACAUCAGUGUCCUGUGAAAAUCAGUCAACUGGAACAGAAGUAUCAGAAAGACUACUGACCUUGAAGAAUGAAAUCAGUGAUUUAGACAGACAGGAAAAAGAAUUAGACCAACACAAAUUAUGGGUUCAACAAAGUAUAAAAAAUGUUACAGAUGAAGUCACAAAUACUCGAUUAGCCUAUGUAACACAUGAAGAUAUUUGUCGGUGCUUCAAAGGUGAUACAUUACUAGCUAUACAGGCUCCCUCGGGUACACAACUAGAAGUUCCUAUUCCAGAGUUGGGUUUGAAUUAUAAAAAGAAUUAUCAGAUACAUCUCAAAAGUACGUCAGGUGCCAUAAAUGUUCUGUUAGUAAAUAAAGACACAGAGGAAACCAGUCCUGUGGUUGUACAGGUACCCCCUCCUCAGGAAGAUCCACAAAAUCAAAAUGUUGAUCCUGAUCCUAAAAAUACAAAUAAACAGGGAAAGAAUGUGCGUUCACCCAUGAAAUCUCCAUUACGGCAGUCUCAGCCAGCAGCAGACUUUGAUACGUCCAGAAUGGCCACUAGAUCAUCGCCACGGAAAACACAACCACAGCCAUCAACAUCAUCUGCACUUCCAUUUUCUACAUCCAACUUGCUAGAUCCCAAUGACCUGUUUGACCCCUCCAGAGCAGAUCUAGAUGGUAUGGAUGGUGACCUGAUAGAAGAGUUAAUGUCAUCAGAAGCAUUUGCACCACUUCUGCGAUUGAGUCCACCCCCAAGUGAUAAAGAUUAUUAUUUCAAUUUAGACGAUUCUGAAGGAGCAUGUGAUCUGUUUGAUGUGCCUUUAUUAACCAUGUGAUAAUUAGAACUACCUCAUUACGUGUAGAUUUAGUGCUAUUAUAUUAUAUACCACUGCUAAAAAUUAGAACCUCAUUAAUGCUAUUAAAUAAGGGUGUGUGUUUUAAUGUAUGAAAAAUGUGAUCAGUGAAGUAUUAAGGAGGUUUUAUAUUUUAUAAGUGGUAAAUUCUUAAAUGCAGACAGUUACCAGGAUUUGAAAUACGUUUUUGAACAAACUCAUACAACUUCACCUAUCAUUUGACAAACAAAAGCAAAUGAAUAUUUUGAAACUCACAUAUGAUAUUUUUAUAACAUUACUUGAGCCCUGAAAUAGGGUAAAUAUGUAUUGAUGAUCGGUUACAUACAUAAGAGUCGGGACCAACUUUCAUAUGUUCUUCCUGACAUGCACUGUAGUCGGGAAAGGCAACUUUGGAUACAGAAAUGUAACCAUUUAUCUUGUAUACACAAAGGGCUACUCAUACAUUUCUGGACAUCAGUUUAUAAUCAAUACUUAUACAAUAGAUCUUUAAAUAUACAGUUUUGAUUUAUUCUAUAUUAUUUUCAAUAAUUUGUAUACAACUUUCAUGAUUAAGAACUUGUCUUUAUCUGUUUAAUUAUGCCAGGCGUUGUUGUCCUUUAAUAUGGGAAAUGAUUUGUCUUGAGUGAAUUUCUUAAUAUGCCAAAGAACUACAGAUUUUAUGAUUUGUCUAGGAUGUUUGAGGAUUCGAUUUCAACAGUUAUAACAAUAAUAAUUGAUGUUAACCUGACUUAGAAUUAGAAUAUUAAGUGCCAUACUUGAGCUGUAAUGUAGAGUAAUAAGAAAGAAAAAAAUCGUUAGAUUUGACAGGGGCAAACAUAAAGACCUACAUUAAAAUUAUAGUAAGUUUUCACAUUGAAUCAAGUUAAGAGAUAUUUCAUGCUGUGAUAAUGUAACUAGAGGCUUUCAUUUAAAUUAAGUACAAAAGAGUCUAAUAUUUACAGAAAUUUUUAUUCAAGCAUUUAUUCAAUAGUUCAUUUGCAUUUUAUAUUCACUUUGUGUUUGAGUAUUUGCAUUUGUGUUAGGUAAAUAUUGUGUUCAGUCACAUGAUGUAGACAGCAUUAAACCUUUAUUUCAACCUUUAUUUCAUUUUAACUUUGUUUUGAUUCUUAACACGUACAUUUUUGUAUGGUGUCAUAUUUGGAAGGGUUUGCUUAGUUUUGUUUUCAUUUUACAAUUUUUCCAUAGGAGACUGGGAUUUGGUAUAUUUAUUGUUCAGUAAUAAUUUGAUGUGUAUGGAAUUUCAUCUCACUAUGGUGAUAAUCGUGAUUUAUAAAUAACAAGAUGUAAAUAUUCAUAUUUAUAAAACUAGUGAAGUUUGUGUUUUAUGUUUAUUUUUGAUUUUAAUGUGUUCAAAAUUAAUCCAAAUAGAUAAUAAUUGUUCUUUGGAACUUAUAAGUGAAUAAUUAUGCUGUGAUUUGAAUAUAAAUAGUAUACAAAAACGUUCAUUUUUCGAGUGCUGCAAAAAAGAUCAAGACCCAACAGACACUUAAAAUUAUGUCACGAUUUAGAUGUAUAUUUUCUUUCUGUAUCAAAUUUAUCACUACAGAAUAUAGCUUUUGUAUGAUAUGCUCUUUUUUUCUGACAAGCAUUUAAAAAGAAAACUGUAAUAGUCUUUCUAAUAAAUGUUUAUUUUAUCUUUAUGCUAAGGCAAAAUGAAUUUAUUAAAGGUAGAUUCUAAUUUCUAACAUAUGAAUGAAAAUUUGUUAGCCAGAUAAGUAAUGUCUCAUCUUUUCAAAUUUCAUUUUUCUUUUAUUAUUAUUAUUUUUAUGAUAAAGAGAGGCCAAAUAUUUCUUGUUAUAACAGAGAUGAUUUCAAAAAUUAUUUUCCAUUUGAAAAACAUAUUAAAGAGAGAUUCACUUUAGCAGUCACAAUUAUUUUUACAAAAGAAAGAAAAUUGUUUUGUCUUGAUUUCUUUAAUGACUGAAAAAAAAGUUUAAAUGGUCUCCCCUGAAAAGAGAAAGUGACAAAGUUUAGACAGCAGAAGAUUGGUUGGACAUUGAUUUUCUAUUCUUUUAUUUUCGUUUUGCCUUAUCAUAACUUUCCUCACUAUCUUCAAUAAUAGUUGUUAGAAAUAUAUGUUGACGCCCACCUGUGUACAUUAGACCACACCCACCUGUUGGUUUGUUUGUUAUAUUAUGUUUACUGUUAUAUAUGUAAAUACAAGAUGUAAACUAAUUGUUACUUACUUGAAAAACUUGAUGUAUAAAUUAUGUUUUUUUUUCUAAUACAGAAGCAAACUUAUGUAUCAUUGGAACUUUU